UCGUUAGUUAGAUAAGCCCCCUACAUAAAACUUUGACAUUAAACUUUUUUUUUAUAUUUUAAAACACUAAUUCUUCGUAGUUUUAUCUGCUAUAAACAUAUGAACGUUGCUCGAACGGAAUAAAAGUACGCAAGAUUUGAAUGAUGAGUAUCAUGGUAUGGACUUUAAGAUUCAUCGUUUGCCUACUUUGUUGUCGAACAUCUUUGGCAGAACUGAAACUUCUACAGACGAUAUUUAGACAUGGAAACAAAAUGCCAUCGACUAUAAAUUUUUAUCCUAACGAUCCUUAUAUUAAUUAUACUUACGAGCCAGCCGGAAAAGGAGGUUUAACAAAUAUUGGUAAGAUGACCAUGUACAAAGUUGGCCAAUUCUUUCGAAAAAGAUACGAGAAUUUCUUGGGAGAAAUUUACACGAAAGAAAAUAUUUGGUUCCGUUCGGAUGAAGUAGAUAGAACCGCAAUGAGUGUGCAACUCGUGACAACUGGACUAUAUCCACCUUCCAAACAACAAAGGUGGAAUCCAGAUUUGAAUUGGCAACCUAUACCUGUAUGGACAGUACCAUUUACUAUGGAUUGCCUUUAUAAUUCUCAGUUUUCUGCAAAAUUUUAUACAUUGAGAAACAUGGUGGAAGAAACGGACAAAGAUGUGAUACAAUUUAAAAAAGACAAUAGAGAUGUUUAUGAAUAUUUGUCCAAACACACAGGUGGUAACAUCACACAGUCAAAAGUGUUUUUAUUAUAUCAAUAUUUAUUCGAUCAGAGAAAUAUUGGUUUGGAAUUACCAGAAUGGACGAAAUCGGUUUUUCCUCACGGAAAACUUGACGAAUUAGCUGUAUAUGACAUUUUGAUUCGUACUCGUACCCUGGAAUCGAAGCAAAUAUCAGCUGGAAUAUGGAUUCGCGAAUGGUUGAAUCGUGUUAAUGAUCAUAUAAGCAAAAAAGAUACGCGAAAAGCGUUUAUGUAUGCAGCACAUGAUCCAAAUAUCGCAUGUAUACUUUCUGCAUUGGAUAAUUUCGACAACGAAAUUCCUUACUAUGGUAAUAGUCUGAUGUUUGAAUUACACGAAGAAAAUAGUGAAUAUUACGUUCAGAUGCUUUAUAAAAAUAAGGAUGAUAUUCGAGUUCUUAAAUUUCCUAAUUGUGAUAAUAUGUGUCCAUUAGAUGAAUUCAAAAAAUUCGUAAAACCUUUAAUAUCGAUUAAUACGGACGAAAUAUGUGGACAAAAAUAAAGAAGUAUAUAUGUUUUCUCGUAUUUUCUAACAAUUUCCUUUCUCUCAAAUAUAUGUAUAUAUAUAUAUUGAUUGUAUUGCUAUUCUAAGUGGAAAAGCAAACUCGAAAAUUAAUCUUGAUAUUUAUAUCAAGAUAAAAAAAUAUGAAUGCGAUAAGAUUUGGUCAAUAGUAAAAGAUGUAAAUCUGUUUCGUGUCUUUGAGGAUGUUGGAACGGCUUUUGUUUCGCAAAAAUUGUUUUUUACUUUGGAUUAAUCGGAGAAAUAUCUGUAAAGAAAAAAAAAAGAGAAAGUUAGGGAAAAAAGGAAGAAAGAAUGUAGAUGGAGUGGCUUAACUCGUAAACCAGUCAAAUUUGUCCACACUUUUCAGCCCCCCUGUAUUUAAAGUGUCGUAAAAUACGUCGAGAAAGAAAAAGAAAAAGAAGAAAAAGGGAAUCGGAAAGAAGUUGACAAGUUUUGUAAAGUAUCCCGACGAUCCUUAAUAUCUAAUUUGUAAAAUCUUCAUUCUAGAUCAGUGUUAUUUAUAAGAAUUGCAAAGUUGCUGUCUCUUUUCUUUUGUUCCAUUAUUUUAAUAAAUUAAUAACAAUACAAUUUGAAA